UCUGGGUGUUUGUGGAUUGUUGGUGUAAUAAUAAAGUACUUACUUUAGUUGUUGUGAAGCCUUAUUGUGGGUGAGUUUUAUUUGGAGUGUGAUCUGCUAAACACAAGAAUAAUAAAUAACAUGGAAUCUAAGGAGGAUAUUGUUAUAGCCGGUAUUUCUGGCAGGUUUCCAGAAUGCAACAAUGUCGAAGAAUUUAGAGAAGCUCUUUUACAAGGGAAGGAUUUGCUCACUGCAGACGAUAGGAGAUUUCCUGCAGGAAUUAAAAAUUUGCCUAAACGAAGUGGAAAAAUUUUAGACAUAGACAAAUUUGAUGCCACGUUCUUUGGUCUUCAUCCAAAGCAAGCAAACUUUACAGAUCCACGUCAUAGGAUACUUCUUGAAACUGUCUAUGAAGCAAUAGUUGAUGCUGGAUACAAUCCUGAUGAAUUACGUGGAAGUAAUACAGGAGUAUACAUUGGAUUAUCCCUGUUUACUAACUUUAAUGAAAUGAUAUCAGAAGAUACGAAUGGGUAUUCUAUCCUGGGGUCAAGUCUCUGCAGUGCAGCCAACAGAAUAUCGUUUUGUUUCGAUUUUACUGGUCCAAGUUAUUCUCUGGACACAGGAUGUUCAGGCUCAUUAUAUGCUUUCACGCAUGCUGUAGACCAUCUUAGGAGUGGAGAAAUUGAGUACGCUAUUGUUGGGGGUACUCAUAUAGGACUAAGUGCAACGGAAUCAGAACAGUACAACAAUUUAAACAUGCUCUCACCCGAUGGAAUGUGUAAGGUGUUCAGCAAAAACCGAAAUGGAUUUGCGAGAUCUGAGGCAAUUUGUGCGUACUUCCUGCAGAAAGCUAAAGGUUCCAGGAGGAUUUAUGCUACGGUUGUCGGAGCAAAAGCUAAUACUAAUGGAUAUAACGAGGAUGGUUACACCUUCCCAUCUGUAGAAGGACAAUAUAGAUUAUUAAAAGAAUUAUAUACUGAGAGUAAGGUGUCUAUAGAUGACGUCGUUUACGUUGAAUUGCACGGAACUGGCAGCAAAGUUGGUGAUAUUGUAGAAUGUCAAUCGCUAGUUAACAUGUUUGGUAAGAACCGAAAAGAGCCGCUUCUGAUUGGAAGCGUCAAGUCCAAUAUGGGACAUGGCGAACCAACUGCUGGUUUGGCAGGUAUAACUAAGGUAAUAAUAGCUAUGGAAUCUGGAAUCAUACCAGCUAACCUUCAUUAUGAUCCCAUUGAUGAGACAUUGCCAGGCUUGAAAGAGAAACGAUUAAAGGUGGUAACAAGCAAUACCCAAUAUAAAGAAGGAAUAGUUGGUAUAAAUGCAUUCGGAUUUGGUGGAGCCAAUUCCCAUAUUCUUUUGAAGCCUCAUACAACAUAUAAAUCAACAUCGACUGUAGCCACACCAAAACCGUAUCGUUUGGUUCACGUGUCCGGAACGACACAUGAAGCAGUUGAAUAUUAUCUUGCUAAACUAAAUAAAAAUCGCAGCGAUGAAGAAUUGUUGUGCUUAGUGGAUGAAAUACACAAAAGAAAUAUUCAAGGGCAUAACUAUAGAGGUUAUGCUGUAUUAGGCGAUCAUUCUAUCCAGGAAAUAAAAAAAUACAAGUUGGAGAAGCGGCCCAUUUGGUUUGUAUAUUCUGGAAUGGGCGCACAUUGGCCCGGAAUGGGAAAAGAUUUAAUGCACAUCGAAGUAUUCAGAACUACCAUCAAUCGUUGUGCUCAAGCAUUAAAACCAUACGGAGUCGACUUAAUUGAUGUUAUAAUGAGUGGUUCACCAUCGGCUUUGGAGAAUUUGGGAAACUGUUUUUCCGCAAUUAUAUCUAUAAGUAUUGCGUUAACAGACCUUUUGGCUAAUUUGGGUAUUGUUCCUGAUUACUUCAUAGGUCAUUCACUAGGAGAAGUAGGUUGCGCAUACGCGAAUGGAGAUCUCACACCAGAACAAGCCAUUAUGUUGGCAUUCGCAAAGUAUUAUGCAUGUACAAAAACAAAGUUACCUACUGGACAGAUGGCAGUUAUAGGCAUGUCGAAACACGCCGUACAGAAAAUCCUCCCAGAGGAUAUAUUUAUAGCUUGCCAUAACGGAAAAGAAAGCGUUACCAUAACUGGACCAGCUGAAUCUACUAAAGAGUUGGUAAAUAAAUUACAAGAUAAGGGAAUUUUUGCUAGAGUAGUCUACACUGGUAAUAUUGCUUUCCAUUCCAAAUAUUUACUAGACGCGCCCAAACAUUUUAAAAACUUCAUGGAACCGAUCCUUUCAAAUCCCAAACCUAGAUCGAAGAAGUGGAUAUCAAGUUCUGUUCCUGAUGGUAAAGAAAAUGAGACAUGGGCCAACACCAAUUGUGCGGAAUAUCAUACGAAUAACUUUCUAAAUAGGGUUUGCUUUGAUAGAGUGUUUGAGAAGGUUGAACCAAACGCAAUCGUAAUAGAAAUAGGUCCACAUGGAAUUAUGCAAGCUGUUUUGAAGAAAGAGCUGGGACCAAAUAAUUCUCUGUUUAGUUUAUUGGACAAAAACCUUGGAAAUCAAGAAGCGUGUCUGCUGUCUUCAAUUGGAAAAAUAUUUAAUGCUGGUGUCAAUCCAAAUUUAAGAAAGCUAUAUAAUGGAACAACGUUUCCAGUGAAAGCAGGAACUAAAAUGAUAGCGCCACUCGUAAAAUGGGAUCAUAGUGUGUCAUGGUUUGUACCAUAUUGGAAAAACAACCAAUCUCUCGGAUAUUUAGUGACAGUUAAUUUAAACGACGCUAAAUAUUCUUAUUUAAAAGGACAUAAUAUCGAUGGUAAAAUUGUCAUGCCUGCAGCUGCAUAUUUGGAAAUGGUCUGGCAAGCAAAGGCUAACAUAUGCUUGAAAGAAAUCACUGAGUUGUCAGUAUUAUUAAAAAAUAUAAAAUUUCACAACAUGAUAACCUUACAAGAUAACGAAAAUGUCGAAUUCGUAGUAACCAUUAUAAAAGAAAGUGGAAACUUUGAAAUAUUUUCUGGAGAUCUAUUGGUAGCAACAGGAAAUAUUUGUGUUCUUGAAAAAGGCGGUGAAAAUCCUAAAUCGUUUAUCAAAGAGAUUAAUAAACAGGACACUAUAAACUUGAGAAAAGAGGAUUUCUACAGAGAGGCUCAUUUGAGACGGCAUCUUUACUACGGCAAAUUUCAGGGAAUUGUUGAAUGUGACCUUAGUGGUGUACAAGGCAAAAUUGAGUGGAUGGAUAAUUAUGUCAGUUUUAUCGACUCCAUGUUUCAGUUAUCACUAUUAUCAGAGUGUACCCGAAAUCUCUCAAUACCAACUAGUAUACGAAGGAUAGAACUAAAUCCAAAACUACAUAUUAGAGAUUCAAAUAAUAAGUAUUUGGAAGUCACCAGAGAUCCCGACCUUUGCAUAACAAAAUGCGGAGGUAUAGAAAUCCAGGGCCUUAAAUUUACACAACUUCCUCGAAAGUCCAUUCCAGAUUCUAACCUGCUAUUAGAAAAAUUUGAAUUUGUUGCCUAUGACGCCUCGCAAAACAAAUAUUACACAUUGUACAAUUCUUUAGUGAUAGCUAUGCAGAUAAUAAAGCAAAACAGUAAUGGUCUUAUCAAGAAAUUAACAAUUGGGGAACUAAAGGACACUGAAGACUCUAAUCUAGAGCUGACCGAGAAAAUUAAAGCAGUUUUAAAGAAUCAAGUCAUGGCGGAUAUUGAAUUCUUAAUUACAACACCAACUCAAAUAAAAACGAUGAAUGCUAAAUUUGAAAGCAUUAUAGUUACAAUUGAAAUGUUCGAAAAAAUUCAUUCAAAUAUACUGACAAAAUACAUAAGAGACGAUGGCUUCAUUUUGUGUAUUGGGUCCAUAAAAAGAGAAAAUUUAUUUCAACACGAAAUCAUUUUUAGAACCGAACACCUUUGUCUCGUAAGAAGAAGAAAAGAUUUUCCUAGCUCUUAUAAUACACUUAAUAUCCGAACUGAUGAUUUUGGAUGGUUGAAUAAACUAAAAAAAUUUAUUGCAAACAAACAACAAAAAACUAUUUUUAUAUUUAGUCAACAGGAAGAUCAUUCUGGUAUAAUAGGUCUCCAAAAAUCCCUUCUUGCGGAAGUGACCAUUCCAGAAUUUAAAGCAGUAUUUACUGACAAGGGUGCUGACAUAUUUUCAGUCGACGAUGAAUUCUAUAGAGAUCAGCUCCUCAAAGGUCUAGCAUAUAACGUACUAAGAAAUAAUAAGUGGGGCACGUACGUACAUUUACCCCUUGAAGAAAUAAAGUUAAUGAGGAUGGAAAACGCUGAGAUUCGAUCUCGCAGCUCCAACACAUCUACUCUACUUUGGAUGGAAAAGCCGAUUAUAAACUUACCAAAAGAACAAACGAUGCAUAUUAUAAAUAUAUACUACUCGACUUUUAAUUAUAAACAUGUAAUGCAGUAUUCACCGUACACCUUUGGAUAUGCUGGUACAAAACCCAAUGGUACGAGAGUAAUGGGCAUAGCUUCCAAGGAGCGCAUCAGUAUACAGAUUAAAAAUGAUGUGGACUUUACGUGGGAGGUUCCAAAGUGCUGGACACUAAAACAGGCAGCUACUAUACCUCUUCAUUAUAUAACGGCAUAUUACGUUUUGAUGGAAAAAGGUAAAAUAGGAAAGAAUAAUUCUUUAUUACUACAAGAUGGUGCCAGUGGAAUAGGAAGUGCAGUGAUUGCAAUAGCUCUUAGCUUUAGAGCUAUUAUAUUUAUAAGUGUUAACUCAGAGGAAGAAAAAUGUACCCUGAUUCAACUGUAUCCAUUACUAGAUCCAACUAAAAUAGCUACUUCAAGUGAAGCAAUUCAAGACAUAGUUCUAGAACAAACAAAAGGAAGGGGUGUUGAUUUGGUAAUUAAUCCAGUCGGAGGAAUAUUCAUCGAAAAUUCUUUAAAUUGUUUAACAAAGCAGGGCAAGUUCAUACAACUUACCAACCAAAACAAUUUUGACGAAAUAAAGUUGGAUUCAAACAUGAUGCAAAAAAAUUUUAACAUCUAUUGUAUUGAUCUAAAUUCUAUAUUCGAAGAGGAUCUGUACAUUAAACAAAAGCUCAAAAAACUAUUAGAAGAAGGUAUCACAUAUUAUAAAGUAGUAAAACCACUACCAUCUCUUGUCUUCAACGCUACAGAAAUAGAAACCGGAAUAGACUAUUCAGAAAAAAGCAAAGAAACGGUUCUAAUAAAACUACGUGGGGAAACAUCUUCGAAAAAAGAGAAGCUUUCAGUACAUCCAAAGGUGUUUUUUAAACCUAACAAAACUUAUAUCAUAGUCGGUGGCUUAGGUGGUAUUGGUUUAGAAUUGACCAGCUGGCUAAUCAAAAAUGGUGCCACAAAGAUAGUUUUAAAUGGACGCAGAGAUGUUUGGAAUGGUUAUCAAGCACUUUGCUUUAAAAAUUGGUCGCAAAUAAAAGACGUUAUUGUGCAGGUUGAUUUAAAUGACACCACCACAAUAGUUGGAGCAGAAAAUCUUGUUAAUGCUGCUUACAAGUUAGGUCCAGUUGGAGGAGUUUUUAAUGCGGCAAUUGUUUUACAAGAUGCUAAUAUAACGGAUCAAACACAGGAAAAAUUCGAGGCCGUUUUUAAACCAAAGUAUAUUUCUGGUCGGAACAUGGACACGGUUACAAGAAAGUUUUGUCCACAGUUGGAUCAUUUUGUCGUGUUUUCAACGGUAUUUGCUGGCAGGGGAAAUAUAGGUCAAACUAAUUACGCUAUGGCUAAUUCGGCGCUAGAAAGAAUGUGUGAAAAGCGAAGAAGUGAAUGUCUUCCAGGUUUAGCUAUCCAAUGGGGUCCGAUGGAAGUGGGUUUUUUGGCAACAACCGAUGUUGAACAAAAAAAUUUGCUUAACUUGGUGCCACAGCAAAUUAAUUCCUGUUUGGAUACGUUAGAGAGAUUUAUGAUCCAAAAUGUUGUGGUUGGAUCUAGUUUAAUUUUAGCCGAAGCGAGCAAAUUAGAAGGGGGCAAAACCACUCAAAAAACAUUAUCAGGCUCAAUUGCAGAUAUUCUUGGCAUUACAGAUAUUGAUUCAAUAAAUAAGGAUUUAAGCCUUUCCCGUCUAGGACUCGAUUCUUUAAUGUUAGCAGAAGUAAAGCAUACUCUAUAUCGUUAUUUUGAGCUAGACAUGGGAACCGAAGAAAUAAGAGGCUUAACAUUUAAUGAUUUAAUAAACCUACACACAGAUAGAGAUAAGUCAAAAACUUACGUAAAGUCGAAAGACUUUCCACCUCCACUAUUAUCGAAACAACCUAUAACACAAAUAAAAGAAGUUAAGGGUAGUAGCAAAACAAUAUUCAUAAUACACCCAAUUGAAGGAUAUAUACACUAUCUUAAACCAUUGGCAAACCUGCUAAAUGCAACCAUUUUUGGCGUAGAAUGUACAAGAGAAAGUAAUUUUAGUACAAUUAAUGAAAACGCCCAAUACUUCUUAAAAUACAUAAAAGAGAUUCAACAAAGAGGACCAUACUACUUAUGCGGGUAUUCGUAUGGAGUAAGUUUGGGUUUGGAAAUAGGUCUUCAGCUCGAAAAAGGGGGAGAAACCGUUCAACUUCUAGCUAUAGAUGGCGCACCUGACUAUUCCAGAAAAAUAUUUUCAAAUUGUGGUGAUUUGCAACAGAAGAUCUGUAGACUAUUUCCGUCUCUUUUUAAAAAUGUUAACCUUGAUACGGUAAAAGAAAUUAUGGAAAAAUUCCAAAAAUCAGAGGAAUACCUGCCUUUGAUCUUCAAGUUGAUAUCGGAUGAGAGUGGAAUAGGACUGGAAGAUGUUGAAUAUUCGGGAAGACAUUACUUAAGCAGGUGCCAUGCAUCAUUUGUGUAUUAUCCUGAUGAUAUAUUUAAAGGAAAGUUGAAGCUUGUUAGAAGAAUUAUUAAUCUUCAAGAUGAAUCAGAGGACUAUCAAUUACAAAAGUAUUGCCAACAAACAGUCGAAAUCGAAAAAUUAAAUGGAGAUCACCUUACCAUUCUUUUUGGAGAAAAUUUAACAAUUUUGGCAAAAAUCGUCAGUGAUUGGUUCAACAUUUAAAGUAUAAUAUGUACGCAUUUUCCUAACUGACUUAAGUAUUCGUUCUUUAUAGU